AUGCAGACAAGAGAAACCAUCCAAAGCUCAUCUGUUAACCACAGAAGAAUAUUAUGGGAAUGUUCACCUCAAGGUUUCUACAAAAUUAAUUGGGAUGUAGCAGUUGAUAAGAAAGUUUGUAAAAUAGUGAUUGGUGUUUUUGUUAGAGAUGAACAUGGCAAUUUUUUGGCAACCUUGAAAGAGAAACAAGAUUCAUUACCAGACCCUUUGCUAGCUGAGGCUUUAGCAGCACGUAGAGCAGCACGUAGAGCAGCACGUAGAGCAGCAAGAUUUGGUUUGGAACUUGGCAUGUACAGAGUUAUUUUGGAAGGUAAUUCCCAAACUGUUGUAAAUGAGGUGAAGCAGAUGCAACAAAAUCAGGGCUACUUUGGUAUGAUUAUUUCUGAUUUAAAAGCAACAUUAGAUCAAUAUGAUGAGUGGAAGAUCUGCCAUAUAAACUGUGAAGGAAAUUCAGUGGCUCAUGACCUAGGAAAAUGUACAUUACUUGUAACUGAUUACAUAGUAGAGUUGGAGGAAAAUCCAAACUGUUUUCAAUCCAUGUAA